CGGCCCGGUUCCCGAGACGGAAUACGCAGGAGUCGAGUACUUGGGCGCAUGCGGCAACCGUAUUUCAGCUCUCGCGAGGUUUUGUCUUCCCGGAAGCGUUGGAGGACAUUCCCUGUUGACUGCGUCGCGAUGUGUGGCGACUGUGUGGAGAAGGAAUAUCCCAACCGGGGUAACACCUGCCUAGAGAAUGGAUCUUUUUUGCUGAACUUUACAGGCUGUGCAGUGUGCAGUAAGCGGGACUUUAUGCUGAUCACAAACAAAUCCUUGAAAGAAGAAGAUGGAGAAGAAAUAGUUACCUAUGAUCAUUUGUGUAAGAAUUGUCAUCAUGUAAUAGCCAGACAUGAGUAUACAUUCAGUAUCAUGGAUGAAUUUCAGGAGUAUACCAUGCUGUGUCUGUUAUGUGGCAAAGCUGAAGAUACUAUCAGUAUUCUCCCUGAUGACCCCCGACAAAUGACCCUCUUAUUCUAAGGAUCCUUCUACAGAUCUGUUAUAACUAUGUUGGGUUGGUUUACAAUACAGCAAGCCUGAUGGUUUGUCUUAUUUCAUUCACACUGAAAAUUCUUUGCAUAUUUUUUUUCUGCUUAGACUCACUUAUUCUUUGAGGAAAAAAAGUAACGUAGGAGAUCAUUGUUCUCUAGAGCUGAGCUCUUCUGCUAAAGUUCAAAGUUCACAUCGGUGUAGCCAGAGUGAAGCAUCUUUGUUAGCAGUUAUGUGGUCAGAAAACAACUAGAAUGGGAGCAUACCUGCUGCCCAGAUUUUGGUUUCCAAUAAAAGGAACCAGGGCUCCUUGGAAAAUCAACUGAUUCUAGAACUGGGGUGUGAACUAUACAAGAUGAGCCUAGAGUAUCUUGUGCCACAGGAAAGUGAAGUACUGAAAUUAAAAAAAAAAAAAUCACAGUGAUUGGGAGUAUGUCAGUAUGAUCGAACUGAAGGAUCUCCGAAAGGCCAGAGCUGGAGCAAUUUGAGUAACAAAAUAAAUAAAGUAGUAUUGGGUUAUAACCCAAACUAUAUAAUAAAUAUUUACAAGCCCAAACUAAUAUAAAUGAUUGAAUGGGAACAAAUCUCUUGUGCAGAAGAAUUUCAAAUAAUUUAUGUAGAUACUCCCCACUUAGUGGGCUCCACAUAGUGACUUCUGUGCAGAGUCUAAUAUGGAAAGGGGGGGAAAAGAGUAACUUUACAGUGGAGAAAUCUGACAGACACUAGCUCAGCCAGGUGAUUAAGGUUAACGUCAUCCAUGAUAGGCCCUUUUGAUAGCAUGUAUCCUUGAUAGCAUCACAUCAUACAGAAUGUGAUAAGAAUGGCACUUUACCUCUGUGGUCCUCCUCCCCAAAACUCAGAACCCAAGUCUGAUCAGGAGAAAAACAUCACACAAAUUCCAGUUGAGGAGCAUUCUACAAAAUACCUAACCAGUACUCCUCAAAACUAUCAAGGCCAUCAAAAACAAGGAAAGUCUGAGACAUGGUCACAGCCAAGAGGAGCCUGAGAAGAUGUGACUGCUAGAUGUAGUGUGGUAUCCUACAUGGGAUUAUGUACGGGGGACGGGGGGAGAUCAUUUGGUAGAAACUAGGGAAAUCUGAAUACAGUGUGGACCUCAGUUAAUAUAAAUGAGAAAAUGGUUUCAUUUGCUCUAAAGGGAUCUUAGAAUAUCUUACUUUGCAUAGUUGCAUGAGCAUUGGCUAGGAGAUGGUAAGCUCUGGCAUUUAGGCCUCUCUACCAUUUAGUAGCAGUAUAGUUAUUAAGCGAAGCAUUACUCUGGACUUUAUUGUCCUGUUUCUAUCAAAUUGGACUAAUAAAAAUUGAUAUUAUACGUUCAUCACAGUAUUGUUAGGAGAUUUAAAUGAACUAGUGAAUGUAAAAUACUUUAGAAAGCAUAUAUAAAGUACUAGAUACAAUGAGGUGGCUUCAGUUAGUGCUCAUUCUGAGACCUAAAUUUAAAGGUUCAGGCAUUGGAAACAAAAGUGUUUCUUCAUAUCUAGGAGAUUUGGAAAUUCUGAACUAAGGCCUUAUAACAAAAAAGAAAUGAGCAUAGUGUUCAUUGUAGAUACCAGGGAAAAGCUUUGUUGAAUAGCAGUAAUAACAGCUGAGGUUUAUUAAGUACUUCUUAUGUGCUAAAACCUUUUUAAGCACUUAUUUAAUCCUCAUUAACAAAUUCAUAAGGUAGGUGCUAUUGAUAGUUUAGCCAUAACCAGAUAUGGCUUGUUUUUUGUAAGUUAUGAAGGGGUUUAUAUUCACUGUUCUUUAUUUCAGUGUAGCACUUUUAGAGCCAAAAAAACCUCGGACACAAAGAAGUUAAAUAACUUGUUUAAGAUCACACAGCUAGUGCAGUUACCCCCUCUCAGUAAUAAUGUUUGGUAAAUAUGAAGUAUAAGGAUCCGGCAAGGUUAGGAAGAGGUUAAGAAUAUCAGUGACAGCACUCUGAGGCAUCUGGGCAUGUCAGAUGAAGAUUUAUUAUUCAGAAAAGUUAAGUCAGCUGUUGUAGGGAUCAGUUGUUUUAUUCCUGGAAAAUGUGCUUCAUUUUGCUGCAAAUCUAUAUCUGACCUGCUGAGGAAAUCAUUUGGUGAAAUGAAUCCAGAAAGCAGAGAAAAUGCUUCAUUACUUUAAAUAGCAGCAUUAAGCCCAUUAUAGCCUCUGAAUUGUCCCUUCCUUGAGUUUGCUAUUGCUUCCAACUUAGUCAUUUGAAGCUCAAGAGUCUAAUUUUAUAUGCCCUGCCAAUGUCCUCAUCUAUUGCGGAAUGUAUAAUUAUCUAUUUGUUUUGGACUAUAUGUUACAAAAAUUUAAAAUAUAAGAUCCUCUCUCUCUAUUUCAUUAUUGGUAAACCAACAUUGUGCUGUGUUUUGUGAUAUUUUAUCAUUUUAGAUUAUUCUGUGGAUCUAAUAAAGGCCACUUGAACCCAG